AUGACUGUCGCUAUCGCAAACCUGGCUCAGCUACGCAAAGAGCUAGGCUUCGAAGGCCAAGCCCUGCUUGACUACGCGCCGCACUCAAAGAUCAGAUAUGCACCUCAGACACAUGACCAGCGCGCUGUCCCUUUCAAGCUUCUGUUUGGUCAGAUCACCGACAAGUACACCAAGAAAUUACUACAUGUCUGGAUAUUGCUAUACCCACCGAACAAAGAAGGUGGAAAUGCGGAGGUGCAGUUUCAAUCAUUAGAUCCUGAGACCAGGCAUGACGACAGUAACAUCAGCAUUACGAUCACCACGAUUGCCGAUGCCUUCAAAACACCAAAGAGAGGCUCGAAGAACAAGUAUGUAGCACUGGCAAAGUACUACUUCCUUAAUAUUAUCAUAUCAAGGUGGACGGAACAGGAACGCCAAUAUGACCUAGCAAUACCAAUACCCAUCACGCGUAGUCUUAUCGACGCGCUGAAGACCGCUUGCCGCGAGUUUGAGGCGGAGGCAAAAGCCAAUCUCUCAGACACGCAGUCGCGAUCCCAAUCAGCAACGCUUGUAGAUGAUGAUGAGGAUAGCGUUCUUAGUGACGCUCCAGAGGAUCCGUUUGAGCCCGCCCAGCCGAUCAUUCCUGCAACUGUACCUGCUUCUACCUACAGCGCUUCAGCUUCUCAGUUGGUCGAAGAUCUCACCAAACUCCAAGACGAAGAAGUUGAACUCCGAGAUUCCCAGAGCAAGAUAGUAGCAGAGAUAGCGGAGACGAAGCUUGCCCUACAAGAGAUAGGCGAGACUCUUCGGGAGGAUGAAAAGAAGAAUCGAGUGAUUGAAGAGAAGCUAAUCAAGAUUGCCGCUCGCCGAGAACAGUUAUUGGACGGUAUGAGUGCCCUGGAAGCGUACAAGCUGGGCGGGGAGAUCAUGAAGAAGCGCUGA